AGUCAUUCAAAAGUCUAAAAUUGAACUAUUAAUGGAGAAUUAUUUUCUCCAUUGACCAACCACAAUGUUACAAGUGUCAUUCUUCUUUCUUUUUCACAAUUUUUUUUUGUUUCUUUGUACAUGUGUGACAUUGUGCUGGUUGGCCAAUGUCAUCAAUGUCACCAAGCACAAUGUCACCAAAGUAUUAUCCAUAAUUUUAUGAGUUUUGAGGACAUAGAGGAAUGAGUAUAUAUUUUUUUUUGCCUUGCAAGAUUUCUUGAAUUACGGGUUUAUGUCGAGCCAUAGACUGCCACUCACGUGACAGUUAGCUGUUGUGCGCCUUCAUCGAUGUGAAAUACUAACAAUUUUAAAUUGAUAAAUAAAAGACUUUAAAAACUCUUACAACGAACGAAGACCGAUAGAUCAUCACUGAGUCACAGUACUAAUAAUAAACACAGCUUAGCACCAUUCGCAGAGAACUUCAUCCAUCCAUAUCCAUUCAUCCAUGUCUUCAACUCCGAGAUAUAGAUUUAGCAGUAACUUAAGUGAGCGGAGUAAGCUUCUUUCUUCCGAAGAGAGACAAAACAGACUACUCGUAGCAGAAAUGGUUGCACAAGCGGCGAUUGAAUUUGAAUAUAAGUACAUGCGGGAACAUGAAGUGUUCUUAAGUUUUAGAGGGGAAGAUACGCGCGCAUCAUUCACUUCACAUCUCUAUGCUUCUCUUCAAAAUGCUGGAAUUAAAGUUUUUAGGGAUGAUGAUUCUCUUAAAAGAGGAGAUCACAUUUCAACAUCAAUACAUCUAGCUAUCCAAAAGUCUCAGAUCUCUGUGAUUGUUUUUUCAAGAAACUAUGCAAAUUCGCGAUGGUGUCUCGAAGAGUUGGUGAAAAUAAUGGAUUGUCGUAGAACACAAGGGCAGUUGGUUUUGCCAGUGUUUUAUGAUGUAGAUCCAUGUGAAGUACGUCACCAAACAAGUGAGUUUGGCAAAGCAUUUCAAAGUCUCUUGAAUAGAAUUUCAAAGGAGGAAGGACUUUAUGUUAGGUUUGGAAAAGCAGUUCGAAAUCUUUUGAGUAGUUUGUCGAUCUAUAAAGACGAGUCACCAGAUCAGGUGCUGACAUGGAGGACCACGCUUCGUGAGGUAGCAGGUCUUGCAGGGUUUGUAGUGCUAAAUUCUAGGAACGAAAGUGAGAUCAUCAGGAAUAUUGUUGAAAAAGUUACUCACUUGCUAGACAAGACCGACUUGUUCGUUGCUCAUAAUCCAGUCGGAGUUGAAACUCGAGUACAAGAUAUGAUUCAACUGCUAGACAUCCAAAAAUCAAAUGAUGUACUAUUACUAGGAAUGUGGGGUAUGGGGGGAAUUGGCAAAUCCACCAUUGCAAAAGCCAUCUACAAUAAAAUUGGCCGCAAUUUCGAAGGUAGGAGUUUUCUAGGAAAUAUUAGGGAGGUUUGGGCGAAAAAUGAUGGACAUGUGUCUUUACAACAACAACUUCUCUUUGAUAUUUGCAAGGAAACGACGACAACCAUGAUACAAUGCAUUGAGGCAGGAAAACAUACAUUAAAGGAUAGACUCUGUGGUAAAAGAGUACUUCUUGUACUUGAUGAUGUGAGUACGUUGGAUCAAUUGACUGCUUUGUGUGGAAGUCGUCAAUGGUUUGGCUCGGGAAGUAGAAUAAUUAUCACAACUAGAGAUAUGCAUAUACUGAGAGGGAAUAGAGUUGACCAUGUAUACAAAAUGAAAGAAAUGGAUGAAGGUGAAUCAAUUAUGCUUUUUAGUUGGCAUGCAUUCAAGCAAGCGAGUCCUAGAGAAGAUUUUGCUGGAAUAUCCAGAAGGAUAGUUGAGUAUUUGGGGCGACUGCCGCUAGCUCUGGAAGUUAUUGGGUCGUAUUUAUUUGAUAGGGGGAUAAUAGAGUGGAAGUGUGUAUUGGACAAACUCAAAAGAAUUCCCAAUGAUCAAGUGCAGAAGAAGUUAAAAAUAAGCUAUGACGAUUUAAAUGAUGUUCUUGUGAAAGAAAUAUUCCUUGACAUAGCUUGUUUCUUUAUUGGGAUGGACCGAAAUGAUGUCAUACAUAUAUUAAAUGGCUGUGAACUUUAUGCAGAAAUUGGAAUAAAUGUCCUACUGGAGCGAAGCCUUGUGACUGUUGAUGAUAUGAAUCGGCUUGGAAUGCAUGAUUUGUUGCGAGACAUGGCAAGAGAAAUCAUACGCGAGGAAUCACCAAAAGAGGUUGAGAAUCGGAGUAGAUUGUGGUUUAGUACGGAUGUGCUUAAUGUGUUAUCUGAACAAACUGGAACAAAAGUUGUUGAGGCGCUAGUUUUGAAGUUGCCAAUAUCUAGUUCAAAAUGUUUUAGUACUAAAGCAUUUAAGAAGAUGACAAGACUGAGAUUGCUUCAACUUACUGGAGUACAACUUGAUGGGGAUUUUGAAUACAUUUCGAGAAAUCUGAGAUGGCUUUCUUGGAAUGGAUUUCCUCUAACAUGCAUACCCACAAGCUUUUAUCUAGGAAAUUUAGUUUCCAUUGAGUUAGAAAAUAGCAAUAUCAAACUUCUGUGGAAAGAAACCCAGAGGAUGGAGAAGCUAAAAAUUCUCAAGCUUAGUCACUCUCAUUAUUUGACACAGACCCCAAACUUUUUAAACUUGCCUAAUCUUGAACAACUAGUACUCUCUGAUUGUCCAAUGUUGUCUGAAGUUUCUCAUAGUAUUGGAUAUCUCAAUAAAAUUCUUCUGAUAAAUUUGGAAGAUUGUACUAGCCUUCGAAGUCUUCCAAGAAGUAUAUAUAGGUUGAAAUGUCUAGAAAUGUUACAAAGUGCAGGGACCAAUACCAAUGGUUUUGUUUUUUUUUUUAACAGAAAGUUAAUAGAGGGACCAAUACCAAUA